AAACUUUUGAAGAAAAAUAAAUACAAAAAUCUCUCUCUCGGCAAAUGAAACGUGUGUGAGCAAUCGACGGUGGUUAUUUCUCAGAUUAGGGUUACGAUCACUUACGCCGCCGUCAUGUACGUUUCCAGGAAAAUCUCCGACGUCGAUCGUCGUCUUCUUCUCCUUCUCAUAAUCCCGUCUCUCUCCCUCCUUGUAUUAAUCUCUUUCUCAUCUCUCUCCCUUGAUCCUUUUCCAACCCUAGCACCUCUUCGUAACCUAAUCUACACUCAUCCCCUAACCGUCACCACCGAAACCUCCGAUUUCACUGUUGAUUCGAACCCUAGCGACGUUAUUCCAGCGGAGGAGAUGGAAAAUCGACGGCGGAGGAAGAAAGAGGAGUUGAUGGAUUCGAAGAUUGCGGUGUGUUUGGUAGGAGGAGCUAGGCGGUUCGAGUUAACCGGACCGUCGAUUAUGGAGAAGAUCUUGAGGGUUUAUCCAAAUGCUGAUUUGUUUCUUAAUAGUCCUCUUGACAAAAAUUCGUUUAAACUUCGGUUGCUUAAGGACGCACCAAGACUCGCGUGGGUUCGUAUCUUCGAGCCUAAGCCGAUCAAUGAGACUGAGCCGAUGGUUCGAGUCCUCACACCUAUGAAUUCGCCCAAUGGCAUUAAGGGCUUAUUACAGUACUUCAACCUUGUAGAAGGCUGCAUCACGAUGAUAAAGGCAUACCAAAACGAGAAUAACUUCACAUACGACUGGAUAGUCCGGACCCGUGUUGACGGUUACUGGGCUGACCCGCUCGACCCGGAAUACUUUAUACCUGGUCAGUACCUAGUCCCACCUGGAUCCUCUUACGGUGGUCUCAACGACCGUUUUGGCGUCGGCGAUCUCAACACUUCGACGGUAGCUCUCUCGCGCCUCUCCCUCAUUCCCGACCUCGACUCAGCUGGGUUAACUCAUCUCAACUCUGAGUCUGCCUUCAAGGCUCAGCUCACAACUCACCGUGUCCCUUACGUCACCAAACCUCUCCCUUUCUGUAUCAUGACCGAUCGGACCUACGAUUUUCCUCCGGCUAGAUACGGAGUUCCAGUAGCGGCUCUUUCGAGUCGUGGACCGUUGAAUGGUGCCAAGUGCCGUCCUUGCACGGUCGCGUGCAACGGCUCGUGCGUGGCGGAAGUGAUGGGAAAGCUGAAUAAAGAAUGGAGCUGGACGGAGUGGGAGAACGGGACGGUGGAGCUUUGCGACGCACAUGGGGAAUGGGAGGAAGGUUGGGAGAAGAUUUUUGACAAAACCGCCGGUGAAAACCUCGCACUUGCGAGGAAACGAAUCGGUGGUUUGGAUUCAAGGAGAUGUGUGGAAGAGUUUGAAAAUAUGAGAGGAAUGACCGUUAAAUGGGAAGCUCCCGCCUCUGAACAGAUUUGUAUGUUGGGUUUACGGCCCAAUUAGAACAUAUCGGGCUUUAGGUCCAAUUUA